AUGAAGACUUCUUUUGCUUUUGCUUUACUUGCCAUGGUUCUCGGUCUGGUCUGUGCCGCCCCUACAGGAAAUCCCGAAUUUGAGAAUAUCAACUGCUUCUCUCUCACAUAUCCCGUCAAUGGCACUGUAUGGAACAGCUCCGGAACUUACGAAGCUCUCUGGGAUCUUACUGGAACAUGCUCUGGUACAUACUAUGCUUUCAUGAUCCCUGCAACUGAAGAGUCCAACGGCGACUAUACCUUUGGAACUCCUUAUCAGGCAUCUGAUUCAAUUGAUCUUAAUGCUGGAAUGGCUUCUAUUACUCUCGAUUCGAGCGAGCCAGCUGGAAAAUAUGUAUUUGGUAUCAUCAAAGAUACAGGAGAUGAUAUGGACUACACCGAUGUGGCACUUGUUGAUAUUGUUUAA